AUGCACUUUUCUUCUUUUUCUUCUCGCCAAUCUUUCUUCUUUGUUCUCACCCUUCCCCUUUCUCUCCAUGCAUCGAAACUUCCUACCAACCGGGGACUCCCCAACGCCAGGCUCAAGCGCCGUUCUACUUUCCGUGCAGAGGGUGCUCCGCCUAAGCAACGUCUCCGCACUUCUCAACACCUUCGUGCUCCCGUCACCCCCACCCCCAUCGUCAUCACCACUCCCCAGCCUAUCCCAGCCACAGCCAACAACACUCGCGCUCGCUUUCGCGCCCCUCGUCCCGUCGCCACCACCGUCGUCUCCACCACCCAGCCUAUGCCAGCUAUAGUCCACAACACUCGCGCUCGUACUCCUCGCACUGUACCAUCCUUGAUCGCAUCUGAGGGAGAAGACAGCUAUGACGAAGAAGAUGAUAAUGGAGAAGACGAUAAUGGAUUCGAGAGUGAGGAUUUCGACAUCGAUGAAGAAACCGAGGUUGGUGUCGACAAUGACAUCGAGGGAGAAGCCAACUAUGAUGUGGAGGAGGUGAAUGACCACGACGUCGUCCCUAGGCCUAUUUCAUUCGCUCUUGAGAAAGACGCAUAUUUAUCCAAGAAGCGAGGAUUGAAAGAAACAGAGUCCUAUACAAGUCUGAUCAACACGCUCGUUUUUGGAGGAGCAAUGAUUGAUUCAACAGCAGUAGCCGCACACGCAGAUCCGAACGACAUCGAGGAGAUGGAGGACGUAGUUCUUGAGCAGAUCAAAGCCCAAGAGGUUUUGUGA